CACAGGAUGUAACUCUGAUGGAGUACACAUGAUGAAGGUGUCUGUGAAUUAAGCACAGAUUGUUUUAGCUUGACUCUUGGACCGCACUACACGACAGAAUGCAUUUUUCCGUUCCUGAUACGAUCGAGCGUAAGGACAAGAAUGGAUCCAAUUAUUUGGCGAGUAUUAACCUCCUAUAAUUCGCCAUACUUUAUCGAUCUUCUAAACUUUACUUUGUAGAGUUGAAAACCAGCUGAGUUUUAAAUUAGCUCGCUUGGAAUCUCAAAUGAUGUUGGUUCAGAAGAUUGUACUUUCUGUCCAAAGGUUUGCGCAACUGGGAUGAAAACGAUCUCAUAAUAAUUUUGGGUUUUGAUGGAAAGACAAAUGUCUCUUUCGAAAGGUGACAGCUUGUCAGAGCUGGUGUUGAUCCCCAAACGGUACCGUUGUUUAUCAACACGCUCGAAUAAGCACCGGCUGGAUUUAAUUCAACUGCGUUAAGUUUGUAUUUGUAGAUGUCAGAAACGGAGAUAUUUUAUCUUUGCACUUUGAAUUAUGUUAUAUUCCACAAUAAUAUUUAUUUGUCUUCUUUUAUAUUGUAACGUAUAUUUAGAAUACCGGUAUAUCGUAUUUUAAAUUGUAGUUUUUCCUUUCUGGUUUUGGUUUCAUUGAAGCCUGCUAUCAAACUUUUAUCUCAGCAUGCAGUAGCUCUCGUAAAUUCUUCACCACGUGAACAAUUUCCUGAAAUUAUGGUUGAUGCUUGCCCCCAUAUCUAGAUCCAGCGAUAUUCAGUAAUGUGAUAAUUCAGUGUGCAUGUAAUUUGUUAGUGGAGUAUUUUUUACACAUGAGCUAUAAUCGUGAAUGAGUUCAGACGUGCAUAAUGAGAUGCAUACUAAACUAUGCAAUUACAGGUUAAUUUUGGUCAAGCUCAUAAUCUUUUGUUACAAAUUAAUUUUCUCGAAGCUUUCAUUUUGUAAAUGCAGUAAUGUGUUGCAGCAAGGAUCUGAAAUGUCCCAGUAACUUUAGAGACCUGAAAUAUCUAAUUCUAAAUAAAUAUCUAGUAGAUGUUAGUACAAGAACCAGUUGGUUGAAUUUUAAAACUGUCAAUAUCUCAAUUUUGAAUGAAACACAGAAAACUAAAAUCACCUUUUCAGCCCCUAAAAGUUACAGGGUCUUUCGAGAAAUGGGCCAUAGUUUCAUGAUUCCCUUUCGGACUCUUUGUUGUAAACUUGUUAUUAUACAACAUCAACAUUGAAAAAAAAACAGAAUUGAGACAAUGAUCCUAUCACUUCCAGAAUCUUGAAGUCAGCUUUCACACUGAUAUUCUUUUUGGGAUAUUCCACAAAAGUUUCCUUUUUUUCUUUCUUUAUUUUUUUUUUGAUCUUUUUAGGUAUCCCCAUUCCUUUUAUUCCCUUGGAGUGACAAGCAUGUUAUACUCCCAACAGUAUCACCCCUGAAUCAAACUUUAACCUUUUAACUCCUAAGAGUGAUAAGCAUCUAAUUUCUCCUGAAAGAAUCACCCCUAAAUCAAACAUUAAGUUCAUGAGAAUAAGGGAUCGGAAACUCAAACAGCUCUUGAUUGUUAGACAAGUUUUCCUUGCAAGCACCUCAGGAAAUGUUUAAAGAACAGUAUGGAGAAUAUGCAUACUGAUGUUACAGAGCGUGAAAUUAACUUUUUUUUCUAAUAGCCACUUGGCUCCUAAAUUCUUCAAAGUGGUAGCCAAUUCAAAAAAAGUUGGUUGCCAUUUUCAAAGACAAAAAAAAUCUUUCUUUACGCUGUCAGCAUUCUAGAUAGACCCUCCAAAAUUAAGUUAGGGAAAAGAUCUUUAACGUGCUACAAAGUGGACACUAGGAUGGAUGAUAUACAACAUUUAGGCUCAUCUAAAUCCAAGAUAGCAUCUAGUUAUCAAUCGAGAUGCAUGUGCUACGUUUUGGAAACAAACUUAACGAGGAAGUUUGCCGUGGAUUUAUCUUUGCAAAUCUUUAUAAUUCACUAUAUCUCUUGGUAAGGUUAUGAUGAAACGUUGUAGUCGCCAAUUUGGUGACUAACUUUCAGGAAUUUGGUUGCCAAAGUGAAAAAUUUAGGCGCAUUGGGGCCUGUAUUAGGUGCAAUUUCACGCCCUGUGUUAGGCUGUAAAGGGUUAAGAUGAUGAGAAUUAAGGGAAUGAUCCCUGACUGAAGAGGCUCUUGAUUUUUGAGUAAAUUCUCCUUGUCAGUACCACAGGAGACAUAUAGAGAACAGUAAGGAGAAUAAGCAUACUGAUGUUAGGGUGUUCAGGACUCUUUGAUAAUUUUCUCAUUUCUCUCCUAUAUGUGUAAAUAGUGUAUUAAAGCUUUGGGGAGAAUUCACUCACUGAUCACCCUUACAAUGUUAAGAUAUAUUAACCAUAAUUUACUGUAUCCACAAGAGUUAACAACUAACUAAUUGAAUGCUAUGAAAUAAUUGACUCAUGCUAACACUCCAAUUGCAGGCUUACAAUGUACACAUCAAUGGCUCAUUUCACUGUGGUAUUAGAUUUUCAGAUCUUUACCAAUUCAAUGAACAAGUAAGUUUUUAGAGCUUUUAGCAUUUUAUCUUUCAGUAGCUGUUUGUCUUACAGAAAUAUUUUGUAACCUUACAUGUAUGUGAAAGAAAAAAUAUAAAAUUUGAAGCUCUCACCAGUCAUCAGUGGAUGCUGUUGAUUGAUGAAAACGUAGGGUUUUAACGUUUAAGUCUGGUUUUCAUAUGUUGAAAAAAUCCAAGAUGAUUUGCAAUCUGUCCCAGAUUUUGCUAAUAAAUCUGGAGAUCAUUGGAUGUUUGUCUUGGUGGAUUACAGGUGCCAUUUUAUUUGUGACUGGGGGUUACUGGGGCCAAGCAUUUAGAGGAUUGGUAGAAAUCUAAAACCGUCACAGAACAUACUUGAUAGUAGAAAUAGAAGUGUUCAUUAUUUUCAAAGAUUGUGCUUGGGAUCUGCCCCAAUAUUCAGGAUUUUGUUGCAGACCAUUUCAGACAGUAGGUAAUGUCUUCAAUCUUGAGUUUUCAUCAGUCAGAAAACUUUGGGAUGGUCAGGAAACAGUAAAAUCUUCAACCAUCUAAGAUUUUUUGUUUAAAACCAGCCUUUUGUUUUAGACAGUGGCUCAAUGUUUCACUUCACUCCCAAUACUAUCACAAAGUUUUAGUACAUCCUAAUUUAUUGACGAUUCCUCUCUUUAUUAGAAAGAAUAUCUGAUAUGUUGGUGUCCAACAUUAGCUGUUUGAUAUACAUUUACAUCAAGUUCACAAGACUUCUGUGUCUAAGACUGUGUUUUCAUGUUGUUUUUUUUUUCAGUUACGCAAAGAGUUUGGGCCAAGAAUUGUAGCAAAGUUCCCUCCAAGAAAGCUUCUGUCUUUGACACUAGCACAAGUAGAAGAAAGACGAGUUCACCUGGAGAGAUAUUUACAGUCAGUCUGUCAAGAUCCUGGGGUUGCUACUAGCUCUCUGUUCAUCAGUUUUUUCCUAAAUGCCCAAAAGGUAAGGACUUCAUAACUUCACCGCAGUGCAAAUACUGGUAUAUGAAUUUCAUAUAUCUAAAAUCAUCAUUCAUCACUUGGAUGGUUUAUUUGGACCCAACACAUUGACCAGCUCUCAGUUGGCUUGAUAACUCAGUUGGUAGAGUACUGCACCAGUAUUGCAGAGGUCAUCGGUUCAAAUCCUGUACAGGCCUGAAUUUUUUUCAGGUCCUAUUUUCAACUGCUUGUUUCAGUAGUGUUCUUAGCUGCGAGGAUCUCAUAAUUUCAUUUCUUCACUGCAGUGCAAAUAUAUGAAUUUCAUAUAUCUAAAAUCAUCAGGUAAUGAACUCUUUGACUGCUAAGAGUGACAAAUAUCUAAUUUCUCCUUACAAUAUCUGCCCAAAAUCACAGGUUAAUGUGAAAGUAUAGGAAAUUAUCACCAACUAGAGAGGCUCUUGAUUGUGAAACAAAUUCUCCUUUCAGUACAUUAAGAAAUAUAUAGAGGACAGUAAGGAGAAUAUGCAUACUGAUGUUAGGGUGUAAAGUGUUGACAUUUUGUGACAGGUUAGAUAAAGCAUUUGAAUUACUUCUUGCUUAAGAUCUGUCAGAGGACUGAGGCAUACAUUUUGUAGAUGAUAUCAUCAUUAACAGCAUCAUGUUUGCUUGUUUGUUUGGUUUUUAUCAUGCAAGACAAAUAGAUUCUUUGUUGCUGUGAGUUCGUUUACUAAUAGAUCACAGAUGUUAAUGCUUUAACACCCAAGAUUUCAUCAGUAAUUCUCCUUACUGUCUGUCAUACAGUUCUUGUGAUGUUAGUUUAAAGAAUUUGGGAUUGGAUCAACUUAUAAUCUCCUAAUUGAUAUUUUUCUUUAUUCUCAUCACUUGUCUGCUUGAUAUUGUAUUGAUAUUGUAAGGAGAAAUUCUGUCUUGGUCACUCAUGGGAGUUAAAGGGUAAACAUGUGAUGAGAACAUCAGUGACAUACACAGCUGGGCCUCUUGGGACAUGUGAUGUCUUCUGUGAUCUAUUACUGAAUAGACACAAUGUAUUUUUGAAAUGUUUGUAAAUGGGCAUAAUCGUGAUAUCAAUCUAAAGUCAUUGAUAGUUUACAGAUAGUGAAUGUUAUGUUCUCCCUUAGGAAUCUUUAUCUGCUUCACCGGAGAAUGUUCAACUUGAUGUUUACUUCAUGAAUGGACAAAAAGUUUCCCUAAUGAUACAAUCCACUGACAGAACAGAUGAUAUACUAGAGGUGAGUUUUGAAAUAGUGGUUACCGUAUUUACCCGUGUAUAAUGCGCGCCCGUGUAUAAUACGCACCCUAAUUUUUGACCUCUUUUUUCCGAAAAAAAAGAUUUCAUGACAAAUACCAAGAAUUAAAACUUCCAUUUUUUCACUUAAUUAACAAGAGCUGGGAAUUCAUCAAUAAUAUGUUUACAACAAUUUCUAACUAGUUGCUACUACAAAUAUCGCACGCACCGAGCACCUAUUUACAAGCUUUUUUAUUCAGUAACAGUCAAACGUUUUAUAAAUGUUGUAACUUGAAGUCCUUAUUAAUAUACCUAAAUUCACAACUUGAAUUAUUAUCAUAACAGCCGUUCAUAAACAUUAUUUCUACUCACAGUACUGCUGGUAGCUUGAAUAUAAUUACUGCAUUGCAAUUGCGUGAUUUAAGUAAAAUGUUCAGUGUCUUUAAACAACGAAACCUUCAAAUUCCGACUCACAGUCCGAUUCGAAUAGGUUUCGAUGACUGAAUCCUCAAGUUCAUCAGUGAUCUCAGUUGAAUUGUAAACCAAUUCAUCUUGUGAUCCAUUCGAAUUGUUUGUGCACCCACACUUCAGAGAGAGGCAGCGAUCAUUUCUGAUGGAAUGCCUUCCCACACUUGUGAAAUAUACGAACAGAUCAGUUCCUCCAAAGCCUUUUUUUGUCGUCCAGUAAGUUUGUGAAUUCCAUCAGCCAUCCACUCCUUUCGGACUCCAUCUCUAAAUGGUUUGUUCAAAGAUACAUAGAGCGGCUGGAGAAGGGAAGUUCGCGUUUGAAGGAAGUGUUCACGGUAUCUGUCACGUGAGCCUCAAAUGAGUCGUAAAUAAGCAAGCUCUUUCUCCUCCCCAGGCCACCAAUCCGUGCACUUUUACUUUCUUUGUUGCGUUUUUAACGUAUGCAAAUUAGGACGUGCUUGACAAACAAUAGAAUCCGUGUAUAAUACGCACCGCGAUUUUGAUGCUUGUUUUUAUGGAAAAAAAGUGCACAUUAUACACGGGUAAAUACGGUAGUGCUUUUUGCUUGCAGUUUUAAUUAACUUCAGUUGAUAAAGACUAUGACUGUUAUUUUUCUUAUUCACCAGUGGGUGUUUUAAACAGGUGUAUUUUUUCGUGUAAUUUUUUAUACUUCGUGUAGUGGAUUAGUGGACAGGGUCAGUUAGUCAUGUCAAUCACUCGUUGUUUCUUAGUCAGUUCGACUGAAUUCUUCAGUCCACUAGGAAGUCAGUCACUCAGUCAUCAGGGUAAUUUGGUGUUAUCAACUGAGUUCAUAAUGUAAAUUGGCUACCAUAAAGAGUUUAAAGGCUGAUGCUUUGGGUGUUAGCCCUUUGUCAGAGUGAAGGGCUAACAAUCUGACGAAGGGCUUAAACUCUUUAUGGUGGCUGAUUUAUGUUACCAAGUUGACUCAGUUGAUAGCACUAAAUUAACCUUUACUCUCCCACCAACGCAACACCACAGUUUCUUCAGAAACUUGCCCCCUUUAUUCACUCUUGUCAGACAGUCUACUGUCAGAUAAUAAAGGGGCUAAGUUUCUAAAGAAACAUUGGUGCUGUUACAGUGGGAGAGUAUGACCAGGUAAUUUUGUAUUAUUGACUGAGUUGACAUUACAACUUCACAUUGAUUUAAGUGUGUCAUUCAGAAAUGGUUGUUGCUACUAGAUUUUGUGCUUGGAUUUAUGAGUACCAUAAAUUGGCCACAAUGAAUUGUUUCAAAGCUGGCAAUUCAAGCAUUACUCCUUCAUCAGAGCUCUGAGUGGUCAAUUUAUAUGAUCAACUUAGUUGAUAAUACCAAAUUACUUUUGUUAGAUAGUGAUUCAUUUAGUCUGUCAGUCAGCCAGUCUACCAGUCUUUCAGCCAGACAGCCAAUUAGUCAGUCAGCCAGUCAACCAGUCUGUCAGUCAGACAGCCAGUUAGGCAGUCAGUCUGUCAUUCUGUUAGUCAGUCAAUCAGACAGUCUGUCAGCUAGACAGCCAGUGAGUCAGACAGCCAGCGAGUCAGACAGCCAGUUAGUCAGUCGGUCAGACAGUUAGCCAGCCAGUCAGUCAGUCAGUCAAUCAGGCAGUUUGUCAGUCAGCCAGACAACCAGUCAGUCAGUCAGCCUAGCAGACAGUUGUUCAGGCUGUUGAUCAUGUGUUCUGUUUGUCAAUCAGACUGUUAGACAGGAAGCUAGUCAUUGAGUUAAUCUGUCUUGUGAAACAAUACCUAACGAUUCUCUGCCCAGUUUUUUUUAUGAUGCAUGAUAACUAUGUGAAAUCUUUUCAGGCAUUGAUGGCAGAGAUUAAUCUCAAUGAAGACUUAGUGUACUACUUUGGGCUUUUUCUGAUUAAAAGAGCUGAUGAUGGAGAAGCAACAAGUAAGUAGAUUAAUUUGUAACUAUGAGUGACCACGACAAAAUUCAUCCUCACAACGUCAAUGCAAUAUCAAGAAUAUAUUAUAAAACAGACAAGUGAUGAGGAUAACGAAAAAUUUCAAUUAUAGGACUAUUGGGCUAUUAACAACAUGAGAAUUGUAUGACAGACAAUAAGAGAUCUUGGGAUCCUUAGAAGGAAUGGAAUAGAUCUUAAAGGAAACAUGUCAUUUGAAUUGUAAACGAAGUCAUUUUUUUCCCACAGUUGUUAGGAGAUUUCAGGAUUUUGAGGCACCCUUUCUGACCAUGAAGUCAGAAACUGGAACUUGCAGAGUGGCUGUCAGAAAAACGUAAGUCAUAAUGGUCAUUCCUGUGAGAUUUCUAUGGAACUUGAGGUUAAAACAAGUCUCCUUUUGCCGGUAACCCUUAAACUCCCAAGAUCUGAUUGUUAAUUCUACCUUCUAGCUGCUACACAUUUCCCGGUAAAUUAGUAAUGAGAACUUAGUGCUAGAUCAAGAUAGCAGCUUCUACCUGAUAAGUUUGAAUAUUCUCAUAGUCUGUUUGCUGAAUUAUGUAUGGAUAUUGUAGGGAGAAGUUUCAUUUUAAUCACUUCAGGGAGUUAAAGGGUUAAAUGUCAUUUUUAGGGUUUACAGAGGCAGAUAAGUUUCUCUGGUCCUAUAAUCUUCAAAAUGUAAAAAGUUCCUGUAUUUUUAGAUCAAUGUUACUGGGUAACCCCAGGACCCCCUAAGAGUGACUAGCAUCUAACUUCUCCUUACCUAUCUCCCCUGAAUCACAUAUGACGGUCAUGAGAAUGAAGAACAUGAUCACUACCCAAAGAAGCUAUUGAUUGUUGUACAACUUCUCCUAGUCAGCACAUUAGGAAAUAUAUAGAGAACAGUAUGGAGAAUAUGCAUACUGAUAUUAGGGUGUAAAAGAGUUAAGUCUAAACAAAAUACUGCAAUUGCCACUGUAUUGGGGUUUUACAAGCAAUCUUACUUCAUGGAAUAUUAAACAAUAUGAUUAAUUAAAGUGAGGUAUUUCACGGAGAAAAGCAUUACAAAAAAAUAUAUAUAUUUUUAAAUAAAUUGAUUUGUUUCACAAAGGUUGUGGGAUCCAAAAAUAGAGGAAAAGAUUGUCAAAGACAGGAUAGGAAUGAACUUAUUGUAUGUUCAGGUAAGUUCCAGCUUGAAGUGUGUAUUCAUGUUAUUGUACUUCUUCCUGGUGUAAACUUCCAGGUUUCUGUUGAAAGUUAAGGACAAAGUUGUUUUUGCUUGUGUGUGCCAAAAAGAUAGAUGAAGAUAGCUGUACAUUCAAUGUAACCCUGAGCAAAAAACUGUUCCAUUAGAAGAUGUCACCUGGCUAAACUGAACUGUUGUACAUGUAACUUUAAUUUCAUGACAACUCAGGAUCACAAUGUUCUCUGCUGAAUUUUCUGUAACCUUGGGACCUGCUACAAUAGUGUGAUAUGACCAAGAAAACCUAUGCAAAGUCUCAAAACACAGAGGCAAAUUAGCUUCUACAUAGCAAGGCUCCACCUUGUUUGCAGCAGUAAUUAAAACACACAACUCACUAGUGACAUGUGUCUCCUGUUCCAAGACAAACUGGUACCCAAUGUGCAGUAAAUGCUAGAACAUAAACUGAUGAUACAGCUUUUACAGUAAAGUACAGCUUGCUGAAUUGACUAAUUAUAGAGUGAUUAGUAAAUCAGAGGUAUUCAGAAGCUGAUCUGUUUUUCCAACUAUGGUGAUGUUGUGUAAUUCUCCUCAGGCCGUCAGUGAUCUGGACAGAGGUUGGACAGUUGGCCCAAAGGAAGCACACUCAAAACUUGCAGAUCUCAAACAGAAAGGUGCCAAGCAAGAGGUAAGACAAUUUUUAUAUUGAUGCUUAACCUUUAGCCCCCAAGAGUGACUAAUAUCUAAUUUCUCCUCACCAUAUCACCCCUGAAUCACACACUAAGGUCAUGAGAAUAAUGGAAAUGAUCAACAACUACAGACUAAAGCUCUUGAUCGUUAAGCUAAUUCUCCUUGUCAGCACCUUAGGAAAUGUAUAGGGAACAGUAUGGAGAAUAUGCAUACUGAUGUUAGGAUGUAAAGGGUUAAAACAUGAAACCUAAGUCACAUUUAUGACUUUCAGGUUAUUCAGUUGCACGAAGAAAUUCUUUCCUUUUCAUGCACUGUGAGGACACAAUGCUGUGCAUCUUGCAAUGACAGUCUGCAGUUUUGUGAGCAUCAGAAAAGUGCUUUUUCAUUAUAAAUUAAACAAAAUAACUUAUCUUCUGACAUUGGGAAAAUAAUGUUGUUAUCUGUUUUUGCAGUAUUUGCAACUUGCCAGGUCACUAAGAUUCUAUGGCUAUGUGCAGUUUAAACCCUGUACCACAAACUACCCUGAAGAAGACACAAGAGUUAUUAUCAGUGUUGGAAACAGAGAACUGAACUUUAGACUUCAAACACCUGGUGUAAGUGUAUAUCUAAAUAGAGUCACUGAUUUGCUCAAGAGGUUCAUUUGGAAAUAUAAUGUGCUAAGUCUGCUCAUCAGCUGAACUAGGAACAUCUCAGGAAGGUUUCACAAUCUCUUUUGGCUUGAAGAAAACCUAUUUUAUCAUUUCUAAUGCUUGUAAAGUAACUUAAGGCCUCAGUUACUCAGGCAAAUGUCUUUUUUUGUAGCAUAAAAUCCAAGAAGGGAGCUUUAAGGUGACUAGAAUACGAUGCUGGAGAAUAACAUCAACGGUAAGUGAAUUAUUAAAUAAUUUAAAUUUUUUAUAGAUGUUCCAAAAUUUUAGGAAUUGCCAUGUAAUAAUUAUAUUUAACACUUUAACUCCCAAGAUCUGAUUGUUAAUUCUCCCCUCUAUCUGCUACACAUUUCCUUGUAAAUUGGUUAAUAUGAGAAUUUGGUGUUCGAUCAGGGUAAGAAUUUAGUAUUGGAUCAAUUAAUUAUCCCCAAAUUAAUAUUUUUCUUUAUUCUCAUCACUUAUCUGGUUAAUAUUGUGUUGAUAUUGUAAGGAGAAAUUCUCUCUUGGUCAGUCAUGGAAGUUAAAGUUGUAUUUUCUCUAUGCUAGAGUGAAAAGAAUGAAAAUGGAGAUAAAAAAGAACAUCUGGAACUUGCAUUUGAAUACCUCGUCAAAAAAGAUGAAAUGGAGUGGAUCACAAUUUACAGCAGUGAGGUAAAGAAUCAAAAGAGCUUCUUGAGUUUGUGAUCAUUUCCUAUAUUCUCAGGACCUUGAUGUUGGAUUCAGGUGUUGAACUGUUGGGAGAAAUUUGAUGCUUAUCACUCUUAGAGGUGUAUGGGUUGAUAAAAGAUACACAGGAAUGUGGCAGGGUAGGAAAAGAGAAGUGUUUCUUUUUAUGUGAUGAAAAGAAGGAUGAACUAUACUCUCACUGAAUUUGUCACAUGUUUUUUUAAAUUUAGGCAAUUCUUAUGAGCCUCUGUCUUCAGAGUAUUGUGGAUGAGAUACUCCGAAUGAAGCAAGGAAGACCUGUGAAAAAGGUACAUGACCUUUAACUGAUAAUAAGCUGAGGUUUCAAUAACUUUUUCCUUAUUAAGUUGUAUGGCCAUAAGAGGUUUUAUAGACAGUGGAAGACUUUGGUGACCUGCUUUAAAUGAAACCCUGAAUAUGACCUCUAUGACCUAUGACCUCCUAGGUUACCUUUUUGGUGAUUCGUGUGUUGUGAUCUGUAAGUGGUGCCUUUUUAACUAUCACCUAAUUCAAUUUUCUUCUUUAAAAAAUAUUUUGUAUUUUUAUGAUAAACUGAGGUAUUGUUUUUGUCCAUUACCCAGAAUGCCUUAAAAUUUCAUGACCUAAGUCCUUAGACCUAUAACCUUUGUUUUGUGAUGAUUGACCUUUGAUCAAAUAAUUGUAAUCUAAACCUAUAGUUAUCUAUUAUAUUUACUUUAAUUUCAGCCAAAAGAUCGCGCUAAACUCAAACAGGAAGCUUCCCCCAAUUUUGAGCGACAAAAUUCUGUGACAUCAGAUGCAUCUAUAGAGGUAAAGAAAAUUCUUCCUUUAUUAUUGGUCAGUGAAAAAUCAGAAGCUCUGCAUCUCUGGGACUUCUUUGGGUUCAUGUUUCAGCUAGGGAGAAAUUUUGUUUUGAAAGUGUUAAGGAGGGUUGGGUGUAAAAAAUUUUGCAGCCAGUAGAAAAACUAUGAGUUCCCUCGCAUAAAAGCUCCAUGUUACCCCUGCCCCCCUCCCUCCUCCCUCCUCCCUCCUCCCUCACCCCUUCCCCCCUUUCCCCCCACCCCUGGUGCCCCAAGGUCCCUAACCUCAACCCCACAGACUGGUGGUACUGAAAUCCAGAAAUGCUGGAAUGCCAAAAAUGGUUGACCUUGUAUCGUUAAUUCUGCAUCAGGGUGAUGGUGAACAAGAAAAUAAAGCUGUGGACAACUCUUCACCUCCGUUGCCAAGUCCAAAAACUCCCCAGAAACAAAGUACACCAGGGAAGAAAACAUCAAAACAGUCAUCGGUAAGUCUUGAGGUUAAAGAUUACAGUCAACUUGAAGAUUUCAUUCUGGCACAUACUAUAUUUAACUGUAGAACCAGUGUGUAGGCUGCACCCCAAACUGUUGAUUAAUUUGGUAGAAAACAAUAAUUUGUGUAUUACAAUCAGAAACUGUGUAGCUGUUGUAAUGAAACCUAUUAACAAAGAAAAGUUGUUAAGUUUAAAAAGCUGGCUCAGAGUAAACUGAACAAAAGGCUGCGGUGGCCUUCGCUUGGACUUCCCUCCAUGAUAGGGAUGUUGCUAAACAGAGUGGUGCAGAAACAAGUACCAGAGUAUUGGUCCAAAAACAGUAUGUCUCAUAGACCAAUGAAAAAAUCAAACUAAAAACCUGUUUUUUAUGUACAUUUUUUUCUCAAAAAUGGAGGGCAAACCAGCCAAAAAGAACUACAGGGCAGUCUUUUUCUGUUCAGUUGAAGACCUCAAGCAAAAAAUUCAUGCACUUUUGAAUUAAAAAAAAUAAUUGAAUAGCCUAAAUUUUUUGACUGUCUCACUUUCAUUUUCAACUGACUCUCUAUUGUUGUAGCAAAGCACUAUUGAGAUGCUUAUUCUGUAAUGAAUUGCUCAUGUGAUUAUAGUGAACUCUUUUGUGUAAAAAGAUUAACAUUGGACCUAUUAAAUCUUUCAUUUAUUGUAUCAAAUGACAAAUUCCUGUUGUUUGUCCACAGAACAAAGGUCUAUCACUAAAACCAGCAACUCUUCCACCAAAUAAUGCAGCCAUGACAACAAACAAAGUUUUUGAGGGAAUUGGAGAUGAUGACCUCUGAACUCUGAUUUGGUUUGAAGGUCACAUGGCUCCAGUCAUCACUUGCAUCAUAGUCAAAGAAACCUGGGCUUUUGUAUUUAAACAGCAGUGGUAAAUGAUUUUGGUAAAUGGUUUUAUUUGUUGUUUAAAAAUUCAAUUUUGGCAGUUGCAAGUUAAAACAUAUUGAUUGCAAAAUUUAGAAUGUGGCUCUUCGUCAUGCAAUAUGUAGCUGCAACUAAGGGUGCUAAAAUUUGGUGUGAGGAAAGUCAGUGAGCAUGCUCAUGGGAGAAAAGGCAAAAACUCCUUUAAUUUAUUCUGCACUAAUGCUGCACAAAAAUUAAAGGAUGAAUGAAAAUAUUGCUUAGAUUAGAAACUGAAAGGUGUUAAAUAAGACAAUAAUGCCGUAAAGGUUAAUGUUAUUGCUUGCAUCUAGACCAUUCAGCUAUUGGUUUUAAUUGUUGAAUAACUUAAUUAUCACUUGUCAUUGGACUUGUUACAUUUUAAUGGACAGAAAUAUGAAGAUUUGAUUUAAAAAGAGAAAAACUUACGAUGAUUUUGCAUAUGUAAGUAUUUUAAUGAUGAAACACCAGAGUUUAUAUUUUUGCCAGUAUAAAUAUGUUUUGGGCCUAAUGCAAGGCCAUUUUAGCAGGUCAGGUGAAAAUGAUUCAAUCUUAGAAGGGUCCAAAACAUAUUUAUGCACAGCAAAAUAAACUGUUUUACCAUUGUCAUCAUCAAUUUGGGGGCACUUAGAAAUAAAAUUGAAAAAAAUUACCACAAAACAGUCUGAACAAUCACACAAGCAUCGGAGCAUGCUAAAAUACAUUUUAGCCCUCCAAAUUCCCAAUUCUAGCCUGCAAAAUUUGCCACAAUACCCAACAUAGUGAUAAUAAUAGCAAUGAGUGCUUUAGAUUUUGUUUCCAACAUUUAUCUUUUAACUCAGAGAAGCACAUUUUUAUUUAGUUGGUACUACUGUAAAUACUAAUUAUUGUAGUAUGUGAGAGAUUACAACUGAAACAUUGGUUUGAUCCAAAAAAACAGUGGAAUAGGUUAAUUCAAGAGUCUGAAUUUUAGAUGUUGGACAAAUUUUAUAAGAGAAGAUUGAAAAUAUGUGGCCAGCAUUAAUUAAGUAAUUGUGAUAUUGGAGUGUGGUGAUUUCAGGUAAUGUACUGAUUAAAAAGAUUUUGCACAACACAAAUUUAUACUUGUCCCGAGCAAGUAUAAACAUUCAACCUGUAUAACAAGUUAGCAGUUGAAGAGAGUGAUGCAAUUCUCAUUUAUGACUGGCUGGACCAGUCAGCUACUUGCACAACUUGUUCUGGUAACUUGUAUUACAGGAUUCAAGAAUCUAACAACAGCGUAACAUGGCAAUCUUUAAUGGGUGAAUGGGACCUUUAAAAAUUGUGGGUUUUGCAUCAGCAAUAAGCAUGAGUGACUUAAAUCACUUGUGUUUCUAGUUUUGCUAGUAUACAGUCAUGCUGAUCUAUUCCCAUGAUAAAUGCUCACUUAAAGAUAUGACACUGCAAGAUUGUUAUCCACAGUCAACAGAAACUUGCUCUAUACCUUAAGGAGGGUUGUUUGUUUUUUCUCUCAGUACUUAAUCGUAGAAGUUUAAAACCCUUUAACUCUUAGAGGUGAUUAACAUGUAACUUCUCCCUAUAAUUCCCAUACAUUAUCCAACAAAAUGGUAAUGAGAAUAUUCAAACAAAUCAGGUAGAAGUUGUUAUCUUGAGCUAACACUAAAAUCUCAUAACUAAUUUACAAGGAAAUGUUUAGAAGCUGGAAGGGAGAAUUAACAAUCAGAUCUUGGGAGUUAAAAGGUUUAAAAACUGUUUUCAUGCAGAAGAACUUUGUGUGUUGUUGUCAGAACAGUAUUGAUGUUCUAAAAUUAUGUGAAAUUACAUUAAUUGGUGAAGUUUAAGACAGUUUUUAAUAUUAUAUCUUGUCUUUGAAAAUUAGAAAACAAUUAUUAUCUUCAAGGGAACUCAUUAGCAGUCUUAUGGGCAGUUAAGGGAGUCAGAACAAACCAUGACUGUAGGAAUACAAGAAAAUAUUUUACCAAACUUCUAUGCAAAUUUCUCAUUUAUUUAGAAUUUAGAGGUUUUUCGCAGAUUCAGUGUGAGUUCCAGAAUCUGUAAUCAUUUACUUUGCUAUCCAGUUAUCACUCAAAUUCUGGUUCAGAAACUUAAUGCUGAAAAGUUUGACAGAUGCAACAAUCUUCAUAGAUUAUGUUGCUUGAAAAUCAAUUAUAAAUCAGGCACAAUUUAGUUCCUUUAACAAUAAUCAACUACCUUUUUUUUUCAUUGGGUGUGACUGUGGUUUCUUGGGCUCCCUGAUCUCUUGACUGGAAAGAGUGGAGUGUUGAUCAAGAAUAUUAAUUAUGAAACAGUUAACUUGAAAAGCAAUUUUAAGGAGUUUAUAUUAAAGUUUAAGACAUUUAAUUGUCUAUUUUUGUAUAUGAUAAUUCUUAAUGUUUUCUAUAAUUAGUUGUAACCUUCUCAAGGGAAGGAGAAAAUUAAAAAAAUUAACCUGA